AGUCCAAGUUUAGCAGUCGGCUAACUAUCAACUUCCUAACCGCUCAGUCUGAACCCCCUCACCGACUACUUUAGUAUGCUGACUGAGCCGCGUAUUAAUGGCGGAGAGCAAUGACGGAGGAGUUCGACGAAGAUGUGGUAUUUGAGAACUCCCCUCUUUUCCAAUACCUUCAAGAUCUAGGACAUACAGACUUUGAGUCAUGUCCAGUAGCGUCACAGGAGGAGGAAUGUGGUGGAAAAGAGGAAGACCUCACAACUGCUGGAAAAGAUCUGCAGAAAACCUCUGGGGCGCGGUUUUGGAGACUGGUUGAGGCUUUGUGGACCUGGAGCCCUCUUCAUCAGGCAGCUGAAGCUCAUAAGCUGGAGCAGCAGCUGGACAUUGUUUUUGGACAGUACUCGGUCAGAUGCAUCCUGGACCAGGACGUGCUCCUGCAGGAGGAUGUGGAGCUGAUUGAGCUGCUAGAUCCGAGCGUGCUUACCCUCAGCUCGUCGCCCUCUGGCUCCCCCAGCCGAGCGAGUACCCUGCCCAGACCGAGCCUCGUUGCCAAGCCGUCCUUAUGGGAUGUUGCAGGGCUGGUGGGUCUGACUGCAGUGCUGCUGGGUCUCUGCUCCUCACCUGAAAGCCUGUGGUCUGUGGCCGCAGCUCCGUGGGGUCUAGUCCUUCUGGGCUGGUUGGGACUGAGGGGGGUCACGCUGUGGAGACGGGGUCGAAUGCAGACUGACGUCCACACCAGGGCCACGCAGCUCCAGGCUCUGGUCCACAACAGCAAGACUCUGACAGGACUGACUCGUAAAGCCCUGCGUCUGGUGCAGGAGACCGAGGUCAUCUCCAGAGGCUUCACCCUGGUGAGUGCGGCCAGCUCCUUUAGCAGGGCGGGGCCGGGGGCAGUGCCACGCAGCCAGCAGCUGAUCGGACUGAGAAAGGUCCUGUACCGGGCGCUCCGCACAGCCUUCAGAGCCUCACGGAGGGCCACCUGCCACAUGCUCAAAGCGUUCCCUCUGAACUCUGAGAUUGACAACGUGACCAACUACGUGUGUGCGGUGCCACUGAAGGAUCUGGGGCUCGGUCUGGGAGUCGAGCACCUGGGUGACGAGCAGGCCCAGGAGCUGACUGACGACUACAGCCUGCCAGCCCUCAAGAUGCUGUUCCAGCUGUGGUUGGGACAAAGUUCUGAAUGUUUUCGUCGGCUGGCUCUCCUUCUGUCUCCCCACCGAAUCGAGGAGUCCGAGGAAGGCAGACCCAAAGGAGAAGCUUCCUCUCCUCCACCACCUCCUCCUCUGCACUGGUCCAGCGCUGCCGUCACCGAGCCCCUCCAUCGCGCUCUUUCCGCCUGUCUUACAGAGGUGCAGCGCAGCUACGACUUCCACCGACACUUCGAGAUGCAGCCGAGGAUGAUGAGCUCUGACCGGACCGGACGAGCGAGGGAGAAAUGCCAAGAGCUCAACGCCCUGCACACGUCCAUCCGGAGCCUGCAGCUGCACCUCAAGGCCCUGCUCAGCGAGAUGAUCAUCUUUGAGGAUGAUCUGGAGAAGCUGAUGGUGUCCAAGGACCUGACGGAGCUGACAUUGGAAGGGUAUCGGGACUUGAACGAGCGGCUGCAGCAGCUCCAGCCACACAUGCAGGCCAGCACGGGCUGCUGGGAGGACACCGUCAACCAGGUGGAGCGCAUGCUCAGACGGGCCAACGGCUGUCCACGUAAGGAUGGUGUGGAGCAGUGUGGCCCUGCUCUUCCUGAAGCUCCUCCACCGUCCUACCCCCUGAUCCUCGACAGAGACCCUGUGCCAGAUGAGAUGGAGUUGGAGGCCUACGUGUCUGACUCGGACUCUGACGGGGAAGGCAGGGACUCGUGGUUCGACAUGCUGUCUCCAGAGGAGCGGGAACGGCAGCGGAGGGAGAGGGAGGAGUCUCGCCGCGUCCUGUCGGAGCUGAAAGCCGUUCUGGGUUUCCGCGCUUCCGAAGGGGAGAGGAUGAAGAGGAAGCAGCUGCUGUUCAGCGACCAAGCUGCUGCAUCGCCUUCAGUUCUCAGUCGUGGUUCUGCUGCAGACCCACCAGGCGGUCCAAGUCCAGUGGGUUCUGCAGAAUCUGGUGAUAAGGAAGGAAACUACCUAUCAGAACGCUCUGCAGGAAGCAGAGGGGAGGAAGGGGAAGGAAAAGAUGACAGGGUGAGGCCUGACCCCUCUGCAGACCCUGUGACGGAGUUCAGCUGUGGCUCAGAGGAAAGGGAGCUGGGAGGAGCCUCGGUGUGCAGCAGAGGAGGAGGCGGAGCAUCGGAGCUGCAUCAGUACGACGGCGUCACGGAUGAGGAAGACGACGGGGAGGGUCAGAACGGUCUGGACUGCUUCCUGGAACCCAAAGUCCCCCACGUCUCUGUGAUGGACAGGCUGACAGAGAUCCACGGCUCUGAGACUCUCAGCUUCAGCUCCGCCCUCGCCGCUCAGGUGGCCGCACGCUCGCACGCACUCAUCAACAUGGAGGAGCAGAUAUUCGGAGAUGAUGAUGAUGAUGAGGAGGAGAUCAACAGAAGGACCUCAGAGAAGGACUAAACAAUAAACCCGACUGAUUUAGUUGAGCAGAGACAUUAUUUAAGUCCGUCUUGUCUCGAUGGGUACCAGAACCACUAA